GCAGGGCGCAGGGGGCUCACGAUGCUCGCCAAGGUGGGGGCCAUCGUCACUGUCACUCUCUUCCUCCACGUCCCCGGGCCUGGCUGGGUGGCGUCCCAGGCAUGCACAUACCCGUGCGAGUGCCCUUCGCAGCCACUCCAGUGCCCCGCCGGCACCAGCCUUCUCCUGGACGGCUGCGGCUGCUGCAAGGUCUGUGCCAGGCAGCUUGGCGAGCUGUGCUCCCUGCAGAAACCGUGCGACCGCCACAAAGGGCUCUACUGUGAUUUCUCCAAAGUGCACAGAGACAGCGGCAUCUGCUUAGCUCACGAAGGGGCAACCUGCGACCUGCUGGGGAGCGUCUACCUGAACGGCGAGAGCUUCCAGCCCAGCUGCAAGCUGCAGUGCGUCUGCAUGGACGGAGCCAUCGGCUGCAUCCCGCUCUGCAGCGACGGCGCGCGGCUCCCCUCCCCAGACUGCCCCUUCCCCCGCCGGGUGAAAGCGCAGAACAAAUGCUGCGAGGAGUGGAUCUGCAAGGGCGGCCGCAGGCAGCAAAGCCUCUCCAGAAAGGAGGCGGCAGUCUCAGCUUACAGGAAGAGUCCGCCUCCCACGCCCAUGUCCCGGCACAACAGCCUCCAGGAGAACUGCUUGGUGCAGACCACCGGCUGGAGCGCCUGCUCGAAGACCUGCGGGAUGGGCAUCUCCACCAGGGUCACCAACGACAACCCCCAGUGCCGGCUGGAGAAGGAGAGCAGGCUCUGCCUGGUCCGGGACUGCGAAGGCCCCUUGGAGGAGACCAUCAAGAAAGGGAAGAAGUGCAUACGGAGCCCCAAGUCCCGCCGGGCAAUCCAGUUCGAGUUCACUGGCUGCACCAGUGUCCAGUCCUAUCGACCUAAGUUCUGCGGCAGCUGCACCGACGGGCGCUGCUGCACCCCGCACGUCACCAGCACGGUGGAAGUGGCAUUCCGGUGCCCAGAGGGAGGGUCGUUUGUCCGCAAGAUGAUGGUCAUCAAGUCCUGCUCCUGCCACUACGAUUGCCCUGCAGAGAACGACAUCUUCCUGGCCGUCUACCACCGGCGGAUGAUUGGGGACCACGUCAAACUGGAGAGGCAGUAGCGCUUCACCCU